AUGGCCUCAACACAGUCAGAUCGACAGUUCUUCCUAAAUCCAGGUCGAAAAGCCUGGAGACAGGUCUUUUCUCCGAGACAUGAAGACAUGUGUAAGACGCCUCAACCUCCACAGUCCGAAGGCCGCAUUUGCGCCAUCUUCAAGAAGUCUAACUUCAGCCGCCUCGACAUCAUCAGGGGGCUUGACAGCCCCAUUGAUACCUGGCUUGACCCCAAAUACACCAUCGACGACGAAUUCUACACCCGAAUACGACCUGCGCUUGUGCUAGCGACACGGUUCUGCAUCUGGACGUCUGAAUUCUUCAACAUUCUUAUGUUUGGGGAAUUUAUAUAUGAGGACCCGAAGAUCAGAUAUGAUCGUUUCACCGAACCAGAGCAUCGACCACGAAUGUUCCCGGACAUGAUGGACAACCUCCACAACAUGCAGUUCUUCACCGGCUAUCACCAUAACACCCGGGAAGACACAUACGCCUCGACAUAUUUCGGCACAUACCCCAAGGAUCACGCACCACAAAUGCCAACCACAGCCGUGCAGCUCAAUACGAAAUUCACAACCUUCUUCACCCACUACCACUACGACACAUUCACAACUGACGUCAAGAACAUGGUGUUAGUCAGCCUGGCCAUCACCCUGGUGCACGAGCUGGUCCAUGUCUGGUACACUCUCCGGAGAAUGGAGAUCGCCCGCCUCGGCGAUCUCCCUCUAUGUCACGCCAUGCACAAGGAGCCGUAUUUCUUCGGCGACGAGAAGAAACCCGAGUUGGGCAUGUCCUGGGAACAUUUUACCUUCAGAGGCAUGCCCCAGUUAAACUGUCCAGGCAACAAGCCUUAUGCCCAGGCCAAGGGUCUCCUUCUCAUGCCCUUGCUAGAGAGUGGUGGCGAAGAGGACGAAGUUAUGGUGGACCCACAGGUUGUGCGCGCCCUUCUCGACCAAGAAUGCUGGGAAAUGUACGAACGUUUGCUCAUUGGAGAUCUUGCUCCAUCUUUCAGAUCUGUCAGUGGCAUGGGAAUCCUGGAGAGGAUGGAGACGGCCGUCGUCCUCAUGACGUUCAAGAACAAAGCGGGUCGCCUGCCUUUUGUGCAAGAGCUACUCGAAGCAAAGGGUGCCAUGUCCUGUCCAGUCGACGAACAACAGCCUGAACCGGUACAGCUCCCAAGUCCAGAAUCACCGAAAUCUACACUGUCGACGGGCACCGAUAUGCCCAACAUAACGGUCUUGGUCCAAGCAGGACAUCGCCGUCCAUCCCCACCAGCUUUAACGCCUUCUGACGACGGCAAGGAGGUGCGUGUGGGCUAUGCCAGCGAGUGGGCAGUCAGCUUUCAACGAGCCAUAGCCGAGCCGACCUACCUGGCGAACAGAGAGCUCAACGAGAAGAGGAUUCAGCGAGCACAAGCUCGACGGGGUCAUGGCCGAAAAGGCCAAAAAAGGCCCUGA